GCCCGACAGGUGAGCGCGGGCGAGCCUCGGGGCGGAGCUCGCCGGCUCCACCAGCCACCCUCCGCGCCAGCGCCGCCGCCAAAGCACAGAUUCUACCUGGGUGCUGGCACUCAGCCACUCCUCUGCCAAUGAAGUACAUCUUGGUCACUGGUGGGGUCAUCUCGGGCAUCGGUAAAGGGAUCAUAGCAAGCAGCAUUGGGACGAUUCUAAAAUCAUGUGGACUCCGAGUUACUGCCAUCAAAAUCGACCCCUAUAUAAACAUCGAUGCGGGCACUUUUUCACCUUAUGAGCACGGUGAAGUGUUUGUCUUAAACGAUGGUGGAGAAGUUGAUUUAGACCUUGGAAAUUAUGAAAGGUUCUUGGAUAUUAAUCUUUAUAAAGAUAACAACAUCACCACUGGGAAGAUAUAUCAACAUGUGAUCAAUAAAGAGAGGCGUGGCGAUUACCUGGGGAAAACAGUACAAGUUGUCCCUCACAUUACUGAUGCCGUCCAGGAGUGGGUUAUGAAUCAAGCCAUGGUGCCUGUGGAUGGUCAUAAGGAAGAGCCCCAAAUAUGUGUUAUUGAGCUGGGUGGCACCAUUGGAGACAUUGAAGGAAUGCCAUUUGUGGAAGCGUUCAGACAAUUCCAGUUUAAAGCAAAAAGAGAGAAUUUCUGUAAUAUCCAUGUUAGCCUUGUCCCACAGCCCAGUGCUACUGGAGAACAGAAAACCAAACCCACACAAAACAGUGUCCGUGCGCUGAGGGGGUUAGGCCUGUCUCCCGAUCUGAUUGUCUGCCGCAGUUCAACGCCCAUCGAAAUGGCUGUGAAGGAAAAGAUUUCUAUGUUUUGUCACGUGAACCCUGAACAGGUUAUAUGUAUCCACGAUGUUUCUUCCACCUACCGAGUACCUGUGCUUUUGGAGGAACAAGGCAUCGUUAAAUAUUUCAAAGAGCGAUUGGAUCUGCCUAUUGCGGAUUCUGCAAGUAAUUUGCUUUUCAAGUGGAGAAAUAUGGCUGACAGGUAUGAAAGGUUACAGAAAACGUGUUCCAUAGCCCUGGUUGGCAAAUACACCAAGCUCAGGGACUGCUAUGCCUCCGUGUUCAAAGCCCUGGAACACUCAGCAUUGGCCAUCAACCGCAAGUUGAAUCUGAUGUACAUAGACUCCAUUGAUCUGGAGCAGACUACCGAAACUGAGGACCCUGUGAAAUUCCACGAAGCUUGGCAGAAACUCUGCAAAGCUGAUGGUGUUCUUGUGCCAGGAGGCUUCGGAAUCAGAGGAACGUUGGGAAAACUCCAGGCGAUUUCUUGGGCACGGUCAAGGAAGAUUCCUUUUCUGGGAGUUUGCCUUGGGAUGCAACUGGCAGUGAUAGAAUUUGCGAGAAACUGCCUUAACUUGAAAGAUGCUGAUUCCACAGAAUUUGAGCCAAAUGCCCAUGUUCCUGUGGUGAUUGAUAUGCCGGAACACAACCCUGGCAAUUUGGGAGGAACGAUGAGGCUGGGAAUAAGAAGAACUGUUUUCAAAACUGAAAAUUCAAUAUUAAGGAAACUUUAUGGUGACGUUCCUUUUAUAGAAGAAAGACACAGACAUCGGUAUGAGGUGAAUCCUAGCCUGAUCAACCAACUUGAGCAGAAUGACUUAAGUUUUGUAGGUCAGGAUGUCGACGGGGAGAGGAUGGAAAUCAUUGAAUUGGCAAAUCACCCCUAUUUUGUCGGUGUCCAAUUCCAUCCUGAGUUUUCUUCUAGGCCAAUGAAGCCUUCCCCUCCAUACCUGGGGCUAUUACUUGCGGCAACUGGGAAUCUGAAUGCCUACCUCCUUCAGGGAUGCAAGCUGUCUUCCAGUGAUAGAUACAGCGAUGCCAGUGAUGACAGCUUUUCAGAGCCAAGGAUAGCUGAGUUGGAAAUCAGCUGAAACUGAUACGUGACUUGGAAUCACCAGGACUGCCUGAGAGGGCUCUGAAGUAACCGAAGCCAAGAUGAAGGAACUAUCUAAGGGAAUCACCACACUCAUAGAAUCACUCUUUUCUGCACCAAACAUGGGAUGUCCAGCCUCGAGGGGAAUCUAAUAACAUGCACGUCCAUGAACCAGAAUCAAAGGGGUAGUUUUCUUUUUCCUCCAGAGGUGACCUUUGAUUCUUGCAAAUUUCUGUAGCCAAUUAAACUUUUCCCAGCAGCUUCAAUGG